GAACGAAGCGGGGGCGAGACGAUUAGUUCGCAAAAUCGUUCGGUGAUCUCAUGCAGCGGAGGACAAUGUAGUACAGGUGCGUUGCGGGACGUCCUUCCUCGUGUUGCGGGUUUUCUGAUACGUUCGCGCAGUUUAUGAGUAUAUAUGGUCCGUAUGUUGUACUUCUACGGGUACGCUCUCCUCUCCUAUGAAGCGGUCAAUAUAUGCCCUUCAUCCUUUGCUGCAUGCCUUUGGCUGUCGACCACGUUCCUCGCCCUCGUCAACCACUCCUGCCUCCUCGACAUAGCGUCUUCCCUCCGAAGAGCGGCGCCCUCUUGCUCCUGUGCUCCUCUCCCCAUUCUCCCUUAUCUCUGCCACUCAAUUUGCUGGGGCCCUUGUCCAGUUUGCUCCCGGCGGUGGAGCACGCCGCGGCAGACCGGCGCGGGUGGCACAUGAAUCGCCUUUUGGGGAAACGUCUCGACGAGAUCCGCUUCCGAGCUCAGAGAUCACCCGAAUUCAGUUUGACGGCUCGUGGGCGCCUGUGGGUGGUUCAAGUCGCGGGCUGCUUUCCGAUUUGCGCA